AUGAAUUCUCCUACUUGUGUCCUUGGAAAGCAAGGGAACCAAAAUGCUGCUGCUUUAUCCCCCGAGGAAGGGAUCGGUAAAACACGGGAUUUCAUAAACUGUCCCAUUGUCCAAGAAAACGGCCAGCGUCGAUACGGUCCGCCGCGUGGUUGGAAAUCAGACCCUCCUCCCAGAGGUUGCGAAGUGUUUAUUGGAAAGAUACCCAGAGACUGCCUUGAGGAUGAACUGAUUCCGGUCUUUGAGCAAAUCGGUCCGAUAUACAUGUUUCGUUUGAUGAUGGAAUUCAACGGAUCAAAUAGGGGUUAUGGAUUCUGCGUAUACACUAAUCGGGAAGACACGAAAAGAGCAGUACAGGAAUUGGACAAUUAUGAGAUCAGGAAAGGGAAAACUAUUGGGGUCUGUUUCAGUGUUGACAACUGUCGCUUAUUCGUCGGUGGCAUACCAAAGAGCAAGACGAGGGAAGAGAUAAUGACUGAAAUGAAGCGAGUGACGGAAGGUGUCAAAGACGUUAUCUCUUACCCCAGUGUGAACGAUAAGUCAAAAAAUCGGGGUUUCGCGUUCGUGGAGUACGAAAGCCACAAAGCAGCUGCGAUGGCUCGCCGGAAGCUUAUCCCGGGACGCAUCCAGCUGUGGAAGCAACAGAUUGCAGUAGACUGGGCCGAACCGGAAAGGGAGGUCAAUGAAGACAUUAUGUCCAAAGUGAAGAUUCUCUACGUACGAAAUCUUAUGCUUUCCACUACCGAAGAGUCACUAGGUGAACACUUUGUCAAGGCUGCCGGGGGCGACCCGAAUUGCAUCGAGCGUGUGAAGAAGAUAACCGAUUACGCAUUUAUUCACUUUAAGGAGAGAGAGCAGGCCGAAAUUUGUCUUAACCUUCUCAACGAUACCACAAUUGAUGGUUCAAAAAUUGAAGUGAGCUGUGCCAAACCAGUGGACAAGAGCGAAGCUAACAUUCGGCAGCAGUCUUUUCACACAACAAACAAACUUUUCGGCGAACUUGAUUUGGGUAAAGAGCUCCGGUCGAAUAACCCUCUGCUGAUUGACCCCAGGACAAGCUCGAAUCCCUCCAUCCCUUUUAUGCUCUCCCAUAUGGGACAGCACGCAGCAAUCUCUCCGGAUAUUUUACCCAUGAAUCCAACGUUGCCAUCAUCCUCGGGAGCUACUAUGAAUAUUGGAAGCCCUGGGGGUUCACGGCUGAACGGUGCGCGUAAUGGCCGACGAAAUGCUGCUGGAAGCCGCAGUGCUGGAAUUCAGAGAGAUCGGAAACAUCCAGUGGAACUUCUUGAAGAACUAAGUCGAAAUGUGGGUUGGGGCACACCCAACUUCACAGUCCUGCCAACAGAUUUUGUGGAUACCUUGACUGGCAACAAAUUUCAGCUAUAUAUCGGACAAGUUUACCUGCCUAAUCUGCGACUGCAAUAUCAAUCUCCACGAUAUUAUGCCACUCCUGAGGAAGCCAAAAUUGAGGCUUGUGAAAUGGCCAUAUUGCAUUUGCAAUAUCACCAAGUUAUGUCAGCUGAUGAUGCAAAGAAUCUAUGGGCCACCUGUGCAGCUUCCCAUGCUUCCCUUCUCAAACACCGCCCUUCUCGAUACACAGCAUUUAUGCACCUCAGGAAACUGUAA